UUUUAUUUGAAGCAGCAGCAGCAAGUUGUUGUAGCAGAGUUUGUUGUGAAAAUUAUUGAUAUAUAACAAAGAAAAUUCGCGAAAACGCCUUCGAGCUUAAACGUCGCAGCUAAUACGGGAUUAAGCAUAGUGUAGAAGACGAUCGGUAAGACAGCAGUUGAAACAAAUGCAAAGCGUAUACAAGCAAACAAUCAAUAAAUUUGUUGCAACACAUGCCAAAUACCUGCCACCAAGGGAAUGUGUGUGUGGCAAACUCAAAUUGAAAAUCGAAUCUCAUUUGCAAAAGUGUGCCUAUAAUAACAAAGUGUAUUGCACCUUAAGUGAAUAAUUGAUGAGUCAGGAAUCAAAUCAGUCUAAUUUACAUUUCCAAAAAGGAAGUCACACUUCGGCUCACAGCCAGCAACAUAACACUGUGUACAUUGUUUCACGUCUAGUACACCCGGGAGUGUCGUGCAGCUCGUUCAUUUAUAAGAAACCUCUCUCUGCACUCUAAAACCGUAACAUUGUGUGUGCGCUACAAAUAAACAGGCUAGCACCUCCGCUGUAUUGUGCUUUUGCGCCCAAAAGUUUAUGCCACGAUGUGAAGUAAAAUUUGAGGCAAGAAGCUGGCAGUUAAACAACAGUGAAAAGUUUCUGCAAUUUGGGCGCCGUGCUAUAAAAGCGGCAGCAUCAAUCCUCGUUAAGCUGCGCGCGCGCCAGUGUGUCAGUAAACAAUUGCAAUAAAUCAAAGCUUGUCAGCGAAUCUCCCGAGUGUUCGGCGGCAACAAACGACAACAGCGGCGCGAAUACGGACUCACCUGCCGCACUGUUUGGGGCAUUAGUGCGCUUGUGUGCGUGCCGACGUGCGGAUAUGUGUCAUUUUGUGGCGUGAACGUGUUAAAAAUUAAUUUGCAUAAAUAGCAAAUAUUUCGUGUUGACAGAGUAAAUAUUUGCCAGCAUAUGCAGGUGGCAACGCCAAAAAUCCUGCAAUAAAUUAUACCGCGACACAUUUGUUGAAAAUUGCAACUUUCAGCGCAUACUUAAUGCGAAAUUUAUGCAUUUAUUUAUUUAUUUGUGUUUAAUGGAAAAAAAAAAAUUGCGGAAAAAUAAUUAAAAAAAGCAAACUGCAAUGCUUAAUUGAUUAAUAGCGGUGACAAAUUAACAAAUGCAUAACCGCAUAAAUAAGUGCGUACAUACAAGUGUGUCUAUGUGUUAGUGACAGUGGCGUAUAUGAACAACUGGCAGCGGCGCCUGUGCAUAUGCAACGACUUGUGACUGCCGAGUACCGUAAAUGCGCUUAAGCAGCGAGGAGGCGCAACAACAAGCGCAUUUAAAUCAAAUUGAGGGGCGGAAAUAAAGUAAAUUAUAAAGUGAAUAAGAAAAGACAGGAAAUUCGUGGAAGAGCCGCUCAUAAAAAUGCACAACAAAAGCGCACAGCAAGCGCGUAGAGAGUAGAGAAACAAUCUUUUAUAAAAGCGUAAAAUUAAAUAAUAAAGCCACUUAGCUUAAGCUGCUUGGUUUUUGCUUGCAAAGGCAGCUGCACCAGCGCGGAAGUGGCACCACAAUGCGAGUUUAAAACAAGUAUAAAAUUACCGUUAAAAAGUACUCUUUCACAUACAUAAAAGAAACUGCCAUAGAAACAAAAACUGCCAAAACAAAGAAGUCGUGCGUUAAUAAACCACAAACAAUAAAAAAAAGUAAUUAACAAAAACCAACAACAAUCACAGCCUUUGCUUAUAGCCGCGCGCGCUCAAGUGUGCCCAUUUUCGUAACAAUGCGCAUAAUUUCGCAUAGCAUACGUUACGGCGCGCACGCUUAUGCCGCCAACGCGGCGCAUACAAUUAACAAAAACACGGCUACACAACCCACCAACACUCCCACCCUCAUCACCUCUAGCACUGGCAUCGCUACGAAGCAGACAUCGACUCAAGCCACCAAAAUUUUUGCAAACGCUGCGCCGCAGCAGCAACGCAGCGCCAGCGCAUUGUCCCUUGACACAUCACCGUUAGCUGUGCCACAAUUGGCCAGCCUCACCACACUGCAGGCAGCCGCUACACCUACAGUUAAGUCAACAGCCACACGCCAAUCGCAAACGCAGUCGGUGUCGCAGUCGCAAAGCUCACUAUCAGCUACAGCAAUGCUACGUCGCUCCUACGCUGCACAAUUCAGAAUGAAUUGCCCCAUUUUAAUUGUAAUUAGCCUUGCUUGUAUCCUGCAUGCCGGUCUGCUGUGGCAUGGUGCAAGUGCUGCAAUUUCAAAUCGAGGCACCAACACACGCCCCAUGAGCACUUCGCAGACGUCAUCCAUGUCGGGUGUGCAACCGCACUUUCUCUCGCGCGGCCAUACAUAUCGCGCCGUGGUGGGCGACACUCUGGUGCUGCCGUGCCAAGUCGAGAAUUUGG